AUGCGACGAAGAGAGGAUGGGGAGAAGAGAGGGGCUGGGGCUGCGAAGGACGACGACGAGGCCAGGGGCGACGACCAACGGCAACGGCGACGGAGAGAGGAUGGGAUUGCAGCGGAGGGGAUUACAGCAGCAAAUCGGAAAGACAUGGAAAGGAGGGAAAAUGAGGGGGAUUUGGGGGGAACCUGCUGGUUUACCACCUUUAGUAACACCAUGCAAACUAGAAUCCAUUCUCUUCAAACAAACUUUUCUUUCCUUCAAGCAAAUUACACUUCACUUGAUGAACACCUAAGUCAUGUUAAGAAACACUUAGCAAGCUCCUUAAGCACUACUAAUCCCAUGGUCAUUAGUUCUGCUCCAACAAGUAAUAAUGAGAGUGAUGAUGAGGACUCUAAGGAAGAAAAUGAUGCUGAAGAUAAGGAUGAUAUGGAGGAAGAGAAUGGUUCUGAAGAGGAAGAAAAGGAUGGUUCAGAAGAAGAAGAAGAAGAAAAACAUGAUGAUGCUGAAAGGUGA